GGUACUAUGAGUGGUGGGAUUCGUACAAGCGUGAAGGGGUUCCUGAAUGCAAAACGCCUCGCUUUGUCUUCGAAAAUAGAUACAGUGCAUGAGACAAAUGAGAACAUCAACGAGAACAUCACUCGCAAUUUCACUGCGCUCCAAGCCGCUGCUGAUUCUGUGGAUAAGAUGAAAGCACAAGAGACUCCAAUGUUCAGUAUAUGUGAUGUGCCUUCAACUCCUCAGACACAGGGUGAGAAUUUGCUAAGAAGAUUCUUCUAUAACGAACUGAAAACAGCGACCUGGAACUUUCAUCCUGAAAAUAAGCUGGGCGAAGGUAGUUUUGGUCAAGUUUUUAAGGGGUGGGUUGAUGACAAUACAUCAACAGCUGCUAAGCCCGGAACUGGCAUGUUAGUUGCUGUGAAGAACAUUAACCGAGAAGGUUUACAGGGUCAUGAAGAAUGGUUGACAGAAAUUUACUACCUGGGAAGGCUGCAUCAUCCAAAUGUUGUGAAGUUGUUGGGUUAUUGCUUCGAGGAUGACCACCAGCUUCUGGUUUAUGAAUUUAUGGCUUAUCGAAGCUUGGAAGUUCAUCUAUUUGGAUGGGUGUCUUACCUUCAACCACUUUCGUGGAUCCUGCGUAUGAAGAUUGCUCUUGGUGCUGCCAAGUCCCUAGCAUUUAUUCAUAGUAGUGAGGGAAAAGUGAUCCAUCGAGACUUUAAAAGUUCUAAUAUCCUACUGGAUUCAAACUACAAUGCCAAACUCUCUGAUUUUGGUUUUGCCAAGGAUGGACCAGCCGGUGGUAGUAGCCAUGUCUCGACAAGGGUAAUGGGGACAUACGGAUAUGCAGCUCCAGAGUAUGUUGCUACAGGUCAUUUAACCGGUAAGAAUGAUGUGUAUGGUUUCGGAGUUGUUAUGCUCGAAUUGUUGUCUGGAAGAAAAGUUCUUGAAAUCAGCCGGCCAACCAGGGAACAGGAUCUAGUUGAAUGGGCUAAACCAUACCUUGCCAGCAAACGUGGAGUUCUCAAAAUUUUUGAUGCUCGUAUCAAAGGCCAGUAUUCUGUGGCUGCAGCUCGUAAAGCGGCUAACCUUGCAAGUCGAUGCUUAUCAGUAGAACCCAGGUUGAGGCCAAACAUGAAUGAGGUGGUAACAGCAUUGGAGCAGCUUCAGGAAUCAGGUAACAUUGAGGGGUCAGGAAUCUCUCUAAACGAGCUUCGCCAAUCUCUAUAUUCUAAUUCAAACAGUGCUAAAUCAAGCUGGAAAAGUUGGAUCAGCUUCAGGUCAUCUGUUUCUUGCGGCUACAUAAGAUAGUCAAUGUAUGGAUACGCUUAUCAUUAUAUUCAUUCAUUCAGAGGAAAAUGGGGAUUCAGAAGGAAGAGACAGUAAAUAAGAUGUACUGUUUAUGUUGAGCACCGGAUCUUGUUACAUUAACUGUAAGUCUGUAACACUAAACCUUGCAAUUCGAUGUAUAUCAAGACAUCCCAGGUUGAGGCCAGACAUGAAUCAGGUGACAGAAAUGUUGGAAAAACUCUGGUCCUCUACUGAAAGGUAGCCUUCGGGGUCUGAAAAAAAUCAGCAGACUUUCUUCAUUCACAUAGAAACAGAGGAAAAUGAUGCUUGACCUCCAAAAAUCUAAGAGACUAGUUCCUUUUGCAUUUAGAUGGCAUAUAUGCAUAUUUGAAAACUGUAUUAUUGACAGGGUGAGUAGAGCUAUUGCUCGUAGCUAUUUCAUGGUUACUUGAGUCUGAACUCUGAAGCCUUUUCAUUUUUGAGCUAGAAAAAAAAAAAGAUAUGGAGUGCAGAGAAUUUUAUUUAAAAUAAGUAAAAAUUUUAGAUAGGUGUGUGACUUCUACAUUUUAGAUAAAUUUUAGAUCUCUAACAACUUCUCUAUUUUCUCAAUUUUGAGAAGAAUUUGGGUAUUUUGCUCUAACAAAUUUUUUAAAACUUUCUUUAAAACGAGGAAUGUGAGGAGAGAAAAACCUGAAUUUUUAAUAUUUUUGCAGCAACUUUAUAAUUUUAUAGAAAGGAUUUGGGAAAUGAUUUUGAAAUCUCUAAAAUAGGAAAUCUGUUAGAGUUAAAAAAAAUAAAUUGCUUGAAAUAUUGAAUUUUAUAUUUUUAUUAUAG